AUGAGUACGAAACCGACGCAACACGACGUGGAGAAAUGUGAAGAUGAAUUCGAAUUAUUACGUUCCAUCGAUGGUCCUUCUCUCCCUCAAAAGCCAGAAACCGCACUACACUACCUCGGACAUCACGGGCGAAAUUUCAAUUCCUCCAAUACCUCAUCAACCCACACGUCCUCACAAUCCAAUCCUUCUCCUCAUCCUCCUUCCCGUCAUCGUCAUGACCAUACUGCAUUUAACCGAAAAGCUCUCCUAACAACCCUUGGCGGGUUUCUUGCCCUCUUCAUCGGUUUCGGUCAAAUGAACGCUUUUGGAACGUUUCAAACCUACUACGCCAACCACCAACUCCACGCGUAUACACCUUCGAAGAUAAGUUGGAUAGGAUCGUUACAGUUGUGGGUUUUCUUCUUUUCGGGCUGGGGAAUAGGCUGGUUAUUUGACAUUCACGGUCCCACUCGACUUUUGUUUAUGGGAAAUCUGUGUUGUUGUCUCGGACUAUUGAUGAUGAGUUUUGCGACAAAGUAUUAUCAAUUGGUUCUUUGCCAGGGGGUGCUGUUUGGAUUUGGUGUAGGACUUUUGUUCUACCCGUCUUUAGCGAGCAUAUCAAGUCAUUUCAUGAAAUACCGAGCAACCGCUCUUGGCGUUGCCGCAGCAGGGUCAAGUCUAGGCGGAGUCAUAUUCCCUGUCAUUCUCCAACAGCUCUACAUAUCUGUCGGCUUCGGAUGGGCCGUCAGAAUCGUUGCGCUUAUCAGCGGAAUGUUGGGCUUGAUUUCCGUCUUGACAGUCACUACCGCCGCCACCGCAGCACCCACAUCAGCAAGCUCCGAUCCGAGACAUGAAAACGAGAACGACACACCCAUACCAAACCCACCACGCACGAACAGGACCGGAGAAGGAUGGUUGAGAUUAAUGAAAACAACGGGGCUAUUAACAUUGGCGUGCUGGUUGAAUGCGAGGAGUAUGUCGGGAGUGAUGGUAUAUACGGUUUUAUAUGGGUUCACGAGUGGGGCGUUUAUUGCGGUUAUUACACCUUGUGUGGUACAGAUUACGGAGGACAAAUCGGAAGUGGGGAGGAGGAUUGGGGGGUUGUAUAGUGUUAUUUCUAUCCCUGCUCUCAUCGGUACCCCAAUAGCCGGUGCUCUCCUUGGCACCCCAUCCUCAUCCUCAUUCGAUCCCCAUUCCUUCACGUUGCCCAUCGUGUUCUCAGGAACGACAGUCAUUGUUGGGUCAGUUUUCCUCUUGUUCGCCAAGUUGGCUGUUGAGCCCAAGAUGUUCGCCAGGGUAUGA